UGGGGGGCUUUGUCAGCGCCGACGGCCGCGCUGCCUCUCGGGGCCGGUGAAGGAACAGCGCCGUGCGGCUCCAUCUCCAGCCGAAUGAUGAAGUCCUCUUUACAUUCAGAAGAAGAUGACUUUGUACCAGAGCUUCAGAGAAGCAUCCAUCCCCGAGAGAGGCCGGACUGGGAGGAGACCCUCAGUGCUAUGGCACGUGGUGCAGAUAUCCCGGACAUCACAGGGGAGUUACCGCUCCGGACCUGCGGCAGCACAGCAAGUAUGAAAGUGAAGAAUGUGAAAAAAUACAUCAACCCGGGACUGAUGGGCUGUGAUGCCUUUCACAGGUUAUCCUUUACAAAGGGUCAUUUCCCGAAGAUGGCUGAAUGUGCACAUUUCCAUUAUGAAAACGUGGACUUUGGCAACAUACAGGAAUUAAAGAACCUUCAGUCAAAGCCAGAUGACUUGCUCUGGGAUGUAUUUUUAAGGUGUGAGACCUCCUGCAGCCACCUGAAAUUUGUUCUUCUCAAAUAUUUUGUUUCCCAUAAGGAGCUUUUAUGGGGAGCUUGCUUAGAUCCACAUCCAUCUGCUCAGAGUCCCAUUGGGUGCUCUUCUGGGUGACUGACUGGAGAUUGAUUUGUGGGUUGCAGUCAGUGCUAACACCUCUCACUGCACAGUGAGCCUUUGGCAUUGCUGCACUCAGAAUUAUGUCAGUAAUAAUUCAGAGGAAAUAGUGUUUCUUAUUAGAUACCAGCAAACCUGGCAUUAUAGCAACUUGGAAAUAAAAAUAAAUAGUGCUGCAUGCUUUAUGUACCUUCAAGAUCCAUGAACCUGCCUGAAAGUUAAUCCUGGUCUAUUGGAAGAAUGAUGAAGCUUAUAAAUAUGGUUAUAAAACAAAUUGCCUUCUAGAAAACUUCACUUCUUGUGUAGGUGAUCUGAUCUGGUAUUGCCAAUCUGUGUUUGGCUACCAAUGAAAUGAGUUACCUUGAAAUCCAGGGCAGCUGUGUAAGUGCUUUUCAUGGUGCUUGAGUGUUUAUUGCAAAUGGGACAUGUUGAAACAUUUGGUCUUUAAAGUGAUUUUGGACCAAGUUCCCAUUCACUCCCUUGAAGUAGUUGAGAAAAAAGAAACAGAAAGAGCUUGUGUUACCUUAACUGUGAGUCCAGGAUUUUACUUUUAAAAGCUGGUUAAAUUAUUUAGGAAUUGUCUGUAGGGAGUCCUGCAGUAAUUACAGGCAUAGCAGUGUUGGGUCAAGCAGGGAAGCUAUUGGGAGAUGGAGCCUUGUGUUGAAAAGGGUUUGCAUGGAAGAAUGGAGUGAGUGGUACCAGGUCAUGGUGCUGCCUGCUGGGGUGGGGGAAACUCGUGGUUAUUUAGUGUAAGACUUGAGAAGCAUCAGAUUGAGAGUCUCCUUCCAUUAGAGUCUUCUCUUGUGGCUCAAGGUUUGUUUCAGUGUCUUAAUGUUUAUUUUCCAGCUCAAUAAGACUUAAAUAGGGGUUGGAAACUCCUAUUGAAGUAGGGAGCUCUUAGCCUGGUGCAGGCAUUUUGAAUUAUUAACACAUUUCAGCAGUAACACUAGAGCUGUGAUGUGCACUUUGGAUACACCCCAAGCUCUGCUGCUUUAUUUCCCUCCUUGCAUAGCUCUGCAGUUCUUCAAACUCUGGUAAGCCUCCCUUUAUCCAUCAUUUUCUGGCUACUUUAAACUCAGUGGAGCUUAAACUAAGCAGAAGAUCUUUUUAGAGCUGGGAAUUUUGUCAACUUGAUUUCUUCUUCCUUAGAGAAAGGGAAGGUUGCAUAAGUGAGUUAAAUAGAAACCUCUUAAGAGUAAACCUGAAAUUAAAAGCAAGUCUCAUAUUGUUCCAUUCUUUUUUAACAAGAUGAAGCUACAUCCCUCUCCUACCUUAUGGUGCUUCGUCCUCCAUUGCCUGCUGUGCUGCUGGGAGCUCUCAAUGAGAAGUGAGAUAUUUUUAAGAUUAAUUACCCUUAAUUACUAUUCAGGCCCAGAGAGACCAAGAAAUGAUAGUAGCUUGUAAUUGCAGCUGAUUUUUUGAAGGCUGCUAAUUAGGAAUUUACCUAAUUACAUCCCAAACUUUGCCACCUUUGGUUGUGAUCUCAUCAAAAGUCAGGUCAAGCAGUGCUGGGCUGAAACAGUGCUUGAACUGUUAAGUUCUUGCUUUGGCUCUGACCUCAGUGAUUUCAGUAAGUGCUUUUUGUGAGGCUGUUUUUCAGGGUCAGCCUGUGUACCAUUUUUGUGUGAUGUACCUCCUGUCUGCUUUGGCUUGGGUGCAGUGUCAGAUACAGAUGAAACAAUUACUGACAUUUGAAUUGUGUUAAAAUAGGUGUUCCUUUUCUUGCUUUCUCUCUGCCCUUUCUCCUGAGUUUGUUGUGUACUUAAAUAUUCUCAAUCCAUCUGUCAUCUCUUUGGUUGCUUAGGAAUAGCUGAGAAGUGAAGCUCUGAGCUUGACUAUAACAGGAAUUACAGUGGUGCUGUCAGAGGUUGUUAAACUUCUUUAAUUGAAUGAAAACCUUCAGUGAGGUCAUUUUCUCUGUCAGUUUGUGUAGGGUGUUUUGAUUCAAAAGCAAGCAAAUGCAAAUAGAUAGGCUUCCCAUAUCUACCUAAAGUCAUAAAGGUGAAGAAUUUGUGCUUUUCAUCAGCUCUCCUUCAGGCAGCCCAGGAAGUAAUGUUUCCAUUUUCUGUUAUGGUUUCAAGCCGGGCAGAGAGGGAAGAUUUCCAUUUGUAACAAGGAAUUGUUACAGUUGUAAUUCUGUGUAUCAAAUGGACUGGUUUAUUUUCCCUUUCAGAAUCCUUUAGGUGUGGACAAUGUACUGCACUUUCUGCUUAGAUUAAGUGUGUUUAAGUCAGUGUUUCCAGACUGAGCUUUAUGUAAAACCGGGGGAUGUAAGCACAGUAAAUGCCAAAUGCACUGAGUUUCACACAGCCUCGUUCAUUAAGAUGAGUAGCUGUUGAUCUUUCCCACUUCUGGGGUCAUGGGAGGAAAUAAAGUUAAGCUUCCCCUCGGCUUUUAUCACUUCCUCCUGCCAUCGAAAGGGAGAUUAUUUUCCUUCAUUUGCUGCUCCUUUUGUCAGCAGGAGGAGUUGGGAUUCGGCCAGAUAAUAAAGGAUGUUUUUCCUGGGGAAGGAGUUCUCAGAUGUGGUUGUAGUAACACCAAUUUCCCCCUCCCCACUGCUUUUCUGUCUCAAGCCUGGUCCUGCAGGUUGUGGCUCGGAAAGAUGUGGUUUGUUUGCAUGUGAUGUGCAAAACCUGUUGGCUUCUGCCUGCAGUCUGUUUCUGACGCUUUUAGUGCAGUUCUGAUGGUGGCUUAUUCCCCACUGAACCCUGCUAUGUUUAUUCAUCUUCUUGCAUAAGGCUUUUAAUGGCCAGGACUGCAGUGGGAGAAUGUGCUUGUGCAAAUGGGGCUUCCUUAUUCUUUGAUUGCUGCUGCUGUAUGGAUGUGAAAUAAGGGAUAUUACACAGCACAGCUCCUGAUUUGGUCUCUGUGUUAUAAACAGUGAGAUUGCCUCUGUUUGGAUGGCUUGGAGGUGAGAAAUCACAGGAUAAACCUAUCUGUGCUCUGAGCAAGGUGAAGGAAACUUUAGGAGCUGUGAUGGUGAGGAAGGAUUGAUGAUGAGAUGAAGUAAACUGAGCUCUGAAGGCACAGUGCUCUCCCUCCCAUCACAGUGGUGGUUUGGGGACUGUUCUUUGUGGUUCUUCCUCUUCCCCUGGAACUCCCGAGGACAUUUCAAGUGUAUGAGGUGUUCUUUCUGGUGUCUUUGGUUCUUAUCAAUGGUGGAAAAUGUUAAUAUUGAUUCAGUGAGGGAGGAAACAGAAAAAGCGAGUGAGCAGGAGCCUAAUAGCCUGCAGUGAGAGGGCUGUAUCAAUUCUCAGCUCACUCAGAGGAAUAACGUGCUUGUUUCCAGCAAAUGGAGAAGGGGACUGAGUAAAACUGUCACUGACCUCCCACAGAACUUAAUGGACUCUGGAGCUCAGAGCAGGAGGGGCAGUCGUAACUAACUGUGAUUUUAAUGGACUUUCC